AGGGAAACAAAAUUGGGGCGGCUUGUAAGAUGCCCAAUAGUAAUACUCCAGUGGAAAAUCGUUUGCACAGCCUUAAAUGAGAAGGAUAAGGAGUGGAAAUAGCCGAGGCUUGUCUCCAAAAAGGGUUGGCACUUGGCAGUACAAGCUUUCAUUUCUAGGCUUCUAGCCCGACAGCGAGCGAGAGGGAGAGACAUGGAGGAUUUAAAGAAGAGGAAGCUGGACGAAGCUGGGAAUGCUCAAUUUUCUUCGUCAGAAGAACAGUUGCGCCCGUUGCUUGAACCCCUCGCCAAAACCCAGUUGGUCGAUCUCCUAGCAAAGUUUGGGUCUCAAUAUUCUUCUAUUGCUGAAGAAAUUAGAAGUGUCGCAAGCUCUGACCCUGUCCACCGAAAGCUUUUUGUUCGUGGUUUGGCCUGGAAUACAACAUCAGAAACCUUGUGUGCUGAAUUUCAAGUGCAUGGAGAAAUCGAAGAAGGGGCUGUGAUUGUUGACAAAGCAACAGGAACGUCACGUGGUUAUGGUUUCAUAACGUACAGAGAUAUGGAGUCAGCUCAGGCUGCAUUGAAAGCACCUAGCAAAUUGAUUGAUGGUCGCCUGGCAGUUUGUAAUCUGGCUUGUGAAGGCUUAAGCAGCUUAAGUGUUCCACCUGAUCAAGCCCAGAGGAAGCUUUAUAUUGGUGGCUUGUCGCCCGAGACAACCACUGAGAUGAUGCUCUUUUUCUUUGGAAGGCAUGGUGAGAUAGAAGAAGGUUCAGUUGCCUAUGACAAAGACUCCAACAAAUCACGUUGUUUCGGCUUUGUCACAUACAAGACAGUAGAGGCAGCAAAGAAGGCUAUAGAUGAUCCGCAAAAGACUCUUGGGGGGAGAAACAUCACUGUGAAACUUGCCGAUAAUCACAAGAGCAGAACUGUGCAACCACAGCUACAGGCAGCUAUGGCUCCAGUACAAAUUCCUUCGGCAUCUGGAUAUCUGCAAUCAGGAAAAACCUGUUCUAGCACUGCCCCAUUUGGCUACACGUACCCUCAUCCUGUGGCAGCAUAUGAUAGUACUGCUUAUCCGAGUCCUUCAGCAGCAACAGCUCCAUAUCCAACCCAAUCUCAGGUUUUAUAUUCUCAGUUUGCUAUUCCAAAAGACCCGCAUGGACUUCCUACACCAUCACCUUCAGGAAUGAGCGGAUACCCAUAUUACAUUGCCAAGCAAUGAGCAGAGAGCUC